UGUGAAUAUGCUGUAAAUGUUGAAUAUACUUUAUCACUACAUACUUGUUCGUUUUAUUCGAAAUUAAUCUAUCCGACCUCUUAAAAAAUCGCAAAAUAAUAAAUAUGAAUAUUUUUCUGAUUAUUUCUGGAUUUCUUUGCUUUUCAAUUUUGUCUUCAUCAGCUUCCGAAUAUACCUUAAAUAUCACAUCUGACAGUCCAAUAGCAAUAGGAACGUCUGUAACAUUUAAUGUUACAUUGCUUGAAGAUGGAAAAAUAGCUCCAAAUAAUAAAUAUCUGUUUAGAUAUAAAUUUUUAAGAUCUGGUGGUUCCAAAGAAACUCACAGUCCGUCGGAAGUAUUUACAAUCAAUGCAGAGGAACUAGAUCAUGGACAUUAUGAGAUUACUUUCUAUGUCGAUGAGUUUGUGAUUUUUGUCUAUUACGAGAAGGCAAGAACAAAAGCAUCAUUUAAUAUCACAAAUAGAUUUAAUGGACUUAUGCAGCUUGUUCAGAAUCCAAAUGAUACAAUACGUGAUAAUGGAUAUGUGUCAAGUGAAUCCGAGACCGUCCAUAAUAUUAUUAUUUCUGAUAAGGACAAAAAAUUAUUCGACAAAGCUGCAUACAUUCGCGUAUUUUGGUUCAUCGACUGCCUCUAUUUGGGAAUGACUGAUAAUCUGAACUUUUCAAAUUGGUAUAAGCAAGAGAAUGGCAAUUACAAUGUCGAGGCAAUACUUCAACUUUCUUACGAACCGUUACCUCCUCCAACAACAAGCACAACUCCUAGUACAACAACCUCUACAACCACAACAACAACUACACCGAGCACCACAACAACAACAACAACAACAACAAGCACCACAACAACCAUACCUCCAACAACCCAAAGUACGACAAAAACGGAGACAACGUCAACUAAGAAACCAGAUUCAAGGAGAAAACGUCGAGACGCAACAACUCCGCAUUUUGAAUGGAAUAUUAAGCAUCUAGUCGAAACUGGAAGUAUAAAACCAGAAAGUGUUGCGAAUGAAAACAUGAUGGACUAUUUAACGACAACAGCAAUUCCAAUGGCUGAAAGAAUAAGAAAAUUGGAAGACGAGACAGUUCCUUAUUUCGGAAUGUGUACAGCAAAUGCUUCAAAAGUCAUUUCUGAUCAGAAGAAAAUUUAUGGAUAUUAUCAUAGAUUAAUUCGCGUAGAGAAUCCAAUAUCGAAUUUGACAGUAGAAAAUAAUGUUUGGCUUAAACAUGGAGAUUUUUGUAAUUUGAAGAUUAGAUAUGUAGGAACAGCACCAUUUAUGUACUGUGUGAAUAUCACAGCAAGCAGUAAUGUGAGUCUUAGUAGAGCUGAGAAUGAUAAUUGUACUGACUGGAGGUCAACAAAUGAUAAGGAAAUGACAAUUCGAAGGUUUUUGCCAAAGUCAUCUAAUUCCUAUACUGUGACUUUUUAUCUUCACAAUGAAGUUUCUCAGUCAAGGACACCGAUUGGAGUCCAGUUUAUUAAAGAGAGCGAGCAUUCUCAAAUGUCUGUUAUAAUUGUUCCAGUUGUAUUUUCCCUUGUUGCAGUAGUACUGAUUGUUUUUGGCAUAGCCUAUUAUGUGCAGAAUCCAAAUCAGUUCUUAAUAGAAACAGCCGAUUUUGAUUUCGGUGAGACUUCAUCUGUAGAAAGUAUGGAGUAUAAAUCAUUCCUUCAGCGACUUCUUGAUAGUGUAUCAGAUCUGUUUAUUAAGCAAGAUUACUUAGAAGAAUCAGAGCCAGGCGUAACGGGUCCAUCGUCAUCACAGGACACAAAUGUGCGAUACGGAGCAAUGUCAUAAGAUAAGAAAAAAGACAAUUUUUAAGGAAAACCAAGUUUAUUAACCUUAGAUGAUUACCAAUAUUGAUUCAAUAGAUUUUAUUGUGAGUCGCUCACUUUCCGAGCUUUAACUUUUUGUCAUCAUCUCAUAUUAAGUAUGAGACGAUACACGAUAAUCAAAGGGUUGCCAAAACCAAAUUAACAUUUCAAUUAUGAUAUAAAUAAUAAUAUUAAUAAUAUAGAAUACUUAAAGAGAAUUUUAUGAUCAAAAUGAGUGAAUAAUAAUUAGAGUCAAUUCGAAUGAUUAGGGAUCUUGACUUUUUUGCGGAAAUGACUGAUACGAUGUGAGAAAUUAUUGGAUUAUUGUUUAGUUUUAAUGUGUUUUUUAUUACAUAUUAUUUUUUAUUGUGUUUUGUAUCUCAUUGAAAAUUGUAUCUUUUAAGGAUACAAAAAAGAAAAAUUAUGAAAAGUUUAAUGAAAAUUAAAACUUUUGGCUAAUAAAAAAACUGUUAUCUAAAAAGGAUGCUUAGGAACUAGAUUAUUUAAUUUGAAGGGUUACUUCCUGGAUUAGCCAGUUCAAAACCACAGACCCAAACGAAGUCUAUAGAUGUUCCUAUCAUGCAGUGUUAUGCAAUUUCUUAAACUCAAUCUGUUGUAAGGUUCUAAUUUUAGAACAUUUGUAAGGUUUUCGUAAGAAAAUCUUUAUGCGAUGGCUAGUCCCUCUUAAAAUGAUGUUUGGUGAUAAUAUCCAACUUUUAGUCGAUGAUAAUGAUGAUAAAUGCUGAUUUUGGGUUCUCAAUUAUUC